UCUGCUGCGGUGAUUCCUACCCAGUCACACGCAACACAGCCCUCCAUGCUCUUCAGCAUGUCCGUCACAAAGCCACACUUCACCGCCAUGGUCAUCCUGAUGAUCCUGGCUGACAAGAUGGCAGGUGGCCUGUUCGGAUUCCGCAUCAGCAAGAGGCCUUGGAUUCCAUGUGAACUUUACCACGGCGUAUGCAGAAACUCCUGUGAGAAAUACGAGAUCCAAUACUUAACCUGCUCAAACAACAGAAAAUGCUGCCUCAAAUUUCCUACGUAAAUUUCCAGUUUCUAACUCUGUGAAGGAGUCCAGCUUGCCCACCACAAAUGCUUCAAGCUACUCUCAAGUUUGAGUCAAGCAUCAUCCCUUCCUGUAGUAAUUUCUCCUAUGAUCUGGAAGGCUCUCUCAUAAAAACGCACUCCUUAUCAUGCGUGUCUCUCUCUGUUCAUAGCCGCCACUGGUCAGGGCAAUCACUGACUUUAAACAUGAGGUUACUUUAAAGCCCAAGUGCUGUUACUCCAGGACACAAGUUUUGCAUUAUGCCCACUUCUCGGGCAGUUGUCUUACCUGCCUAGCAGUUUUGCCAAGUUGAAACAUCCUUGGUGGAAGCCCCUUGAGAAGUUUAAAAAGAAGGCUUAAGACUCAGGAGGUGAACAACUCAAAAGUCUCAGGAAGUCCCUGAAAU